AUGAGCGUGCAGCAAGCUAUUGACAUCAAAAGAGUAGCAGUUCACCCAAUUGUUCUUCUUUCAAUUGCAGAUCAUCAUAACAGAAUUGUUAACAACAGAACUAAGAGAGUUAUCGGUAUUCUUCUUGGUGAUGUUUACCAAGGACAAGUAAAUGUUUUGCAAUGCUUCGCUAUCCCAUUCGAAGAAGAUAUUGAUAAUCCAAACAUCUUUUUCGUUGACACAAACUUCAUCGAUGAAAUGUUUAAACUCCACAAGAAAGUCACACUCAAAGAGAAAAUCAUUGGCUGGUAUAGCUCACUCUCAACAAUAUCUCCAAACGAUCUCGAGAUUCACAAGGUCAUUUCUAAAUAUAAUCCAACUCCAAUCUUCCUUACAACCGAUGUUGGCGCUUCAGAUCCACAUGAAAUUCCAACAUGCGCCUAUAUUGGCACUGAACGCGAGAGAGUUGAUGGUCUUCCUCUUGUUACAACAUUUAAGACUCUUCCAACAGUUGUUGACUUCUUGGAAGUUGAAGAAAUUGGUGUCGAGCACCUUCUUCGUGAUAUCAAGGAUGUUGAUGUCUCAGAAAUCGGUACAACCCUUACAAACAGUAUGCACGGCCUUGCUGCUCUCGAACACAGACUUAAGGCUAUCUCGGAUUACUUAAAUGAUGUUAUUGAAGGAAAGCUUCCAAUCGAAAAUGAAAUCAUUGGCGUUAUUCAGUCAAUCUUUAACUUACUUCCAAAUCUUACAUUAAAGGAGACUGUAGACUCCUUAGCUACAAAGGCUGAUGAUGAAACAUUCAUGAUUUUCAUCUCUCAGCUCUGCAGAAGCGUUGUCUCUCUCCAUGAUUUAGUUAACACACGCCACCCACCUCUCGCUGAAAAGGAGAAGGCUAAAGAGGAGGCAGAAAAGCCUAAGAAUUAA